GACGUCACUUCCUGUUCCGUCUCCUCUCACAUGUGCCAACAACAUGGCAGCGUCCGUGUCCAUAAACUUGGAGUUUGGGGGAGGCGCAGAACUGCUUUUCGAUGGAGUAAAGAAACAUAAUGUGACUCUUCCAAGCCAAUCAGAACCAUGGGACGUGAAGCAGCUGCUGGUGUGGAUCCAACAGAACCUGCUGAAGGAACGACCUGAGCUCUUUGUCCAGGGCGACUCUGUGAGGCCAGGGAUACUGGUGCUUAUCAAUGAUGCAGACUGGGAGCUAAUGGGAGAGUUAAAGUACCAGCUGCAAGAUCAGGACAACAUCGUGUUCAUUUCAACACUUCACGGAGGAUAGAUGGACAAUAAAUUAGUGCAUUAACAUUUAUAAUAUAGACUCGGGUCUUUGUUCACUUCCUCUUUGUGACAUCUCAACAAUGUGCCUCCUGAUUGGACGCGGUGCAGUGCCAGGCCUCACUGUGGCCACUGAGCUAAUAGAUGUUUGUCUACAGGAAUGACUUCAGCCGCAGUUACCAUGAAAGGCAUGCACUCUGUGAGACAUGCUGAUUAUGUUGGACUAAAGAGCUUUUUUCCUCAAGAGUGACCUGACUGCAGAGCCACGGCUUUAUUUCUGUUUUUGUCAAGUACUAUAUUAUGGCAAAAGAGAUUGGGUUAUUGAUUAGCCUUGUUUAAUCAUUUUAUUUUAAGUAGUAUAGGUGAAAUAUUAGACAAUAUUGUAGUAGACCAUUAAUUAUUAUGUACACAGUGGCUACAAGCAUGCAUACAGUAUACAACCCUUUUUUGCUCCACCUUGAGCCUUUUAUGAUGUACAAUAUGUUUAUGUAAUAAUAAUAAUAAAAUAAAUCACUUUUUGUUUUUUUGUA